UCCUCACCUUACCUGGCGGCUACAAACUCAAAUCAUGAGUAUAUAAACCCCAUCUAAUCUGAAGACAAAACAAACCAAUCCCACUCGUCGCUCUUCAAACUUCUGCACGCGAAUAAUCAUGAAUAUUCCGGUUGCAGCUAUUAUUUUGUUCGCUUGUGCGGUUUCGGGGAAAUGGAUCCAACCUAACACAAACGAAGUAGCCCGUCAAUUUCAAUCUCAAGACGGCUUCGGCCAGGCAAAGUACGGCUAUUCUCAUCCAGGUCAAUCAGCUGAAACGCACAGAGAUGCCCGUGGUAACCAGGUAGGCAGCUACGCAUACAUUGACCCAGAGGGUAGAGAAAUCCGUGUCAACUUCAUCGCCGAUGAAAACGGUUAUCGAGUUGAUAACGAUCACACUCAAGAAACAGCUGAAGUAGCUGCCGCUCGUUCUUCUCACCUGGCUGCUCACGCGGCCGCUUUAGCUGCUGCCAGAGCAGCGUCACCAAACCAAGAAGAAUGGGACACUCCUCAGCCAGUUAGAAGCAAGCCCGUAACAAUCCCCCAAGCGAAGAGCUGGGCUGCUCCUCAGCAAAGCUGGUCUAACCCCCCGACCACCAAAUGGGCUCCUGUUCAAGCCGAUUAUAGUUUGCCCGUACCAGUACAGGACACCCCUGAAGUUCAGGCAGCAAAGAAUGAAUUUUAUCAGAGUUACAGAGAAGCUGCAGCUCGUGCGCCCCAGCAGGAGAGCGUGAUCGUCCACCAACAGAAUAACUGGGAGGCUCCCCAACAGAAAACCCGUAUCGCUCCUCAAUACAACACUUGGGCAACCCCACAAUCAGUUCAACCUUCAUCAAGUGAUAUUGCUCGCCAAUACCAAUCUCAAGAUGGACACGGCCAAGCCAAGUAUGGUUAUUCCCACCCCGGCCAGUCUGCCGAGACGCACAGGGAUGCCCAAGGUAACCAGGUGGGCAGCUACGCAUACAUCAGCCCUGAAGGAAAGGAGAUCCGUGUGAACUUCAUUGCUGACGAGAAUGGCUAUCGAGUUGAUAAUGACCACACCCAAGAAACAGCUGAGGUUGCCGCCGCCCGAUCUGCACACUUGGCCGCACAUGCUGCUGCCUUAGAAGCUGCCAAAGCAGCUCCGCAAUACGAAGAAGUAUGGGAUGCUCCGCAGCCGGCCAAGAGUAGAGCGGUAGCAGUACCUCAGCAAACAAGAUGGACCACUCUCAUGAAUGAAUAUGCUCUUUAAAUGACAGGACAGAUUGCCUAGCGUCGCCAAACCGUGAUAAUUCAUUAAUUUUUAAUUUUCGUUUAAAAAAUACAAAAUUCUCUUUUAAAAAUAA